AUGUCCGACCUUCCCAUCUACGGCCCACUCCCGAAUCCCUCCACCCAGCAAGGGCAUGGCUUCCAGCUUAACCCAGAAACUGGCGACGCGAUAGACUUCGCCGACGAUGAAGGAGAUGGUGGCCUUGCGAUCCAGCCGAGACCUAAGCGCAUAGGACGUAUACCCUCGAAGAUGGGAGACACACUCCCGUUUUACUAUAAGGCAUGGGGCUUGAGGCACAAAUACCGUCCAUUCGAUGAAGUUUUCGAAAUGGAUCGAUGGCUAACCGAUAUCCAUAGUUGCUUGACUAAUCUUGAGCUCCAUGUCGUUAAAAGCGAGCUAGCCAGUGCGCGUCUCCCCUUGACUCGAGCCGAAUACCAGUCAGCAUUAUCCACCUAUGCGCUGGUGCGCACGACUGGAUGGAGCCGUGGCGAAGCCUUAUCCCACGUUGAAUUUCUUUACAACCUCAGCUCUCGACGCUCGAAAGUACGUGCGUACAGGUACCAUAAGCUCGACACGACUGACGUAGCUGACGAGACUGACGACAAAACAAACAUGGAUGACUGGGUAGCCGAGCGAAUUAUUUGGUGGCGCCGUGGAAUUCGGGGUCGUGAGUAUCUCGUGAAGUGGGUUGGGCAUUUACCCACAGAUAACACUUGGGUACCUGCGCGCGAAUUGAAGAAUCGCAAGACCCUCAUCGCUAGGUUCAAAGCUGCCGAGAGGUCCAGGCCGUUGCCAUCGGUGGGCGGCCUGGGGUGA